CACUCGUCUGCUUUUCUUAAAUUAAUUAACAAUAUCAACUCUUGAAAUAAGAAAGUAAAAGAAAAAACAAAGUUAUAUAGAAUAUGGCUUCACCAAAAGCCCGUAUCCUUGUCUCCCUCAACCUCGUCUACUUGGUUCUAUCCGCCACCACCACCACCACCGGAGGCAGCGGGUCGGCGAUGCCCCCCCGGGCGAUGCCAAGGUGCCCGAGAGACGCCCUAAAGCUAGGUGUAUGCGCAAAAGUGGUGGGGAAUUUGGUGGGAGUGUGGGCUGGGAAACCUCCGAUCAGGCAGUGCUGCAGCUUGGUCGAGGGGCUGGUGGAGCUGGAGGCGGCGGUGUGCCUCUGCACCGCCAUUAGGGCUAACGUGCUCGGCAUCAAUCUCAACAUACCGCUGUCUCUCACCCUGCUGCUCAAUGCGUGUGGAACCACUCCUCCAAUUGAUUUCACUUGUUAAUUCCUCUUUAUUUCAACACUCAAUAAAACUUGCGUCGUCGUCUACUACUGGGUCUAAAUUAUAUAUGGUGGAAUAUCAAGUUUCAUCGUCAUGCUAAAAUACAACUCCCCUUUGAUUUUAUUUUGCUAAUUAUGGUCAAAUAUAUUAUAUAUGUUAGAUCGUUAUAAUUUGUGGUUCUGUAUUUCUGGAGAGGGUGCGUGUCACUUAUGAAAAUGUAUGAGAAUUAUCAUGUAUGUGUAUUUCGCUGUCUGUUAAAUUAUAUAUAUUGAUCGAU